AAUAUAUCCGUGGAUAUUUUUGUCUGCAACAAAAAAAACCUAAGUUGUACUAGCUGAAAACCAGUCGACGAUAGAAAAUGGAGAUGUCCACCGAAUUUGAACGCAUUCUUUAUUUCGAGCAUACUCGCAGGACUGCAGAAGCUACAUAUGCUAAAAACCCUCUGGACGCUGAUCUAGAGGAGGCAGUAGUUGUUAACCCUGCAAAGCAUGAUGCUCUAUGGAAUCUUGGAAAUGCAUAUACAUCGAGUGCAUUUAUGAUUCCAGACCUUGACGAAGCUAAAGUUUCCUUUGAUAAGGCAGCCCAGUGCUAUGAGCAAGCAUCAGCAUUGGAACCAAAAAAUGAUCUUUAUAAGAAAUCAUUGGAAGUAUCUGCCAAGGCUCCCCAGCUACACGAGGAGUUUCACAAGCAUGCUCAGCUGCAGGCUAUGGGACCCGACCCUUCAUCAUCUACCAGCACGAGGCAGCAAAGUGUUAAGAAGAGCAAAAGUAGUGACCUCAAGUAUGACAUAUGUGGGUGGAUUAUCCUUGCUGUCGGCAUUGUUGCGUGGGUUGGAUUCGCAAAAGCUAACAUGCCUCCACCACCCCCUCCGAGAUAAAUAUGGUCGAGUGUUUGUUUCGUACUGGCUGAGUAGAUGGGAGUUUCAAGAACAGUUUUUGCCUCAUUUAUUUUAUUUUACUUUUAUCGUUUCCAUGAGGUGCCUAAUACAUGCUACUUUAAGAGGGCAUUUUGUAAUAUUGUUUGCAGUAUGUGAUGAAAGUUCUUUCUACAAGUCUUGUUUUGAUUUGCAUGAGGUAAUAACUCCUUGCAAUCAUUAGAUAUUGCAGCGUGGAGAUCCUUCGUAUUUCCUAGCACUCUUGAAAUAUUGGGUUUUGCAUUCUUAGACGUACUGCAAUGCUAGUGAAUUUUGUGGGUUACCCAAGCCUUUCAAUGGCUAAAAUCACUUGAAACGGCUUAUGAAACCAUAAGCCAAA